UUUUCUAUUUUAUUUUCUCGCGUUUUCUCGCUCUCGACAGAAAAAAAAAACCAAAUAAAGGAAAAAAAACCAAAUAAAUCUUUUUUCAUCGUUGAUUGUUUGAAUUGGUUCGAGUUUCCCCAGUUUCUCAACCGCCAUCAAUCCGAAGAAAAAAAUCGAUUUUUUUUGCCAAAUUCGCCAAAUUUGGCAAAAUCUCUGUCGAUUGCGUUUCGCGGGAGUGAAAUUAGGGAAUCUUUUUGUUGGUAAUCUUUUAAUCUUAAUGUGGAUUUGAUUAUUUCUCAAACCAGGUUUUCUACUUUGAUCUAUAUUUUUUAUUGAAAAAAUUUGAAAAAUAGUUUAUUUGACCUGCUUGGUUCGUCGCAAACCCUAGUUUUUUAUUAGGUUUAGUUUUUUUGAGGGAUUCAAAAAAUAAAAAAAAUUUGUGAUUUAGGAAAUUUCAUUGAUUCUUUUUUGUGUAUAGGUACAGAAGUUAGAUUAUGCCACUGUUUUUUUUUUUGUUUCCUCUUUUAGGAAUUUUUAGUUGAUAUUUAGGUUUUCUUGAGGAAAAACUCUGUGAAAUUUUUGGUGCGUUGUUUUAGUUUACCAUCCAAAAUCGAGGGUUUUUAUUUUUGUUUCAUUUAAUUUUAGCUGUUCUCACAACUUCCCCCCCCCCCGCGGCAAAAAAGAGAGAGAAAAAUAGUAAGACGAGAGAUUUUUAGGGUUUGCAUUGAAAAAAACUAGGGUUUUUUGUUUAAUUAAGAUCGAGGAAGGAAAGAUCGGAUAAAUUGGUUGUAAAUAGAACAAUGGCUUUGAAUUUUUCCCAUCGGCCGGUCUUUCCUGCUAAUUUGACUGAAGAUAAUCUGCUGUCUCCUAUGAGAAUCGCGAAUGGAUACCUUGUUGAAGGUGUAGCAGAGAAGAAUGGAGAUGGGUGUAUGAAACCUUGUCAUUCGGAUCAUGCAAUGGAAGAUUGCUUUGAUUAUGGAAGGGAUAAGGGUGGUGGUGAUCGAUGUGGUUCUCAGGAGUCUGUUUCUAAUGAUAUUAUUGAUCUUUUGCCGUCGGAUCCUUUUGGAAUGGAUAUCACUAGUACUUUCACCGCAAUUUCCGGUUGGCUUGAGGCCUUGGAAUUCGAUUAUAGUCACUAUGUGAGGGAUGAGGUGGGGACUGGUGAUGGGAGUUAUCAGUUUGCUGGAUUGAACUUAAUUUGGAACAAUGCAAUGUGGUUCCAAACGUUCCCUGGAAGUAUGGGGUUCGAGUGUAAAGGUAGUGCAUUGGAUCAGUUCGGUGGUGGAUGUUCGCAGGUGCAGGAAACAGGGGAUGUUUCUCAUCGUGAUGGUCUUGGAUUGGACUGUAAUGUAGUUGACACAUUGUGUUCUGGGAAUGAAGAUAUGAUUUCUGUUGACCUUGAAAAAGAAAAUUUUCAGGAUUGCAAGGUUCCUUCAGAUGGACCCGAAGGAGCUCCUCAUGAAGCUCUGAUUUUGGCCCUUGGUUAUCUGUGUGUGCGGGAUCUUCUUGUGGUUGAAAGCGUUUGCACAUCUCUGAGGAAUGUUGUUCUAAAUGAUCCUCUUCUAUGGAGGAGUAUUCACAUUGAUCAGCCGCUAAACGAGAAGCUUACUGACGAUGUUCUUUUACGAAUAACUAAUAGGGCUCAGGGUAGCUUGCAAUGCUUGAGCCUGGUUGAUUGCAAAAGUAUUAGUGAUGAGGGUCUUAUGCGCGUGGUUGAAAAUAAUCCAAAGCUAAUCAAGCUGAGUGUACCUGGAUGUACAAGACUAAGCAUCGAGGGUGUUUUGAAUAGCCUAAAGGCUUUGAAGUCUAUGGGCACACAAGGGGUGAAGCAUUUGAGGAUCGGUGGGCUUUUUGGUGUGACACUGAAACAUUUUGAAGAGUUGAAAUUCCUGUUGGGCAUAGACAACCAGAUUCAGCAGAUUGUGCAGAAGCCGCAUUUUUAUAACCGAAGAAAUUUGUAUAUCUCUAGCGAAGAUGAUCGUGCCAUUGAUAUUGAAAUGUGCCCAAGAUGCCAGAAUAUGAUGCUUCUCUACGAUUGUCCUGCAGAGCGCUGCCGGCAAAAAGUGCAUACUGCUCAAUUAUGCAGGGCAUGCAGUCUUUGCAUAUUACGGUGUCUUCAGUGUGGUCGGUGCAUUAAUGACAGCGAGUAUGAAGAAACGUUUAGUCUGGAGUAUCUUUGCUCAGAUUGUUGUAAGCAAGAACCAGCAAAAUCCCACGACAGGCCAGAUAGGAUGAUUGGCUCGUCCAGUUUACCUGAAACUGGCAGCUUUCAUCUUCAUGGCUAGACUGAAAUAUUUCACAUUUUCUGUUCUCUACUCCCAGUUAAGGUGUCGUGUUAUCUCUCAUAUCUUUUCUUUUACCUUUUAAUCUGCUAAUAGUGUCAACCAUCUUGGGUCCUCGGAGCCAAAGGUUCAGUCACAUUCCCACAGAAGAGCUGAAAAGACAAUAAAAUCUUUUGCUGCACGCGUUGUCCAAGAGAAAUAAUCUUGUUUGGUUGGUUUUCGAUUGACACGUCAAUGCUGCCAAGAAUAAGGUGGAAAUCAUGAAUUUGCCGACAUGAAAAUAGAUUCCCCAAGGAAGCACUCAUCUAUUCAUAUCGUUAAACGAGAAUAUUUCUGGCCACCAUCACUUUUGCAAGGCAAGUCGCUUUUUAAUUAUUAUCUUAAUGUGAUUUUCUUUAGUCUCUGUUUAUUGAAAUCUUUGUUCACUGAACUCGGGAAAUACAAUAUCUGUUCUAUUGAUUCCCUAGUAAUUGGAUUUUAUAUUUAAUCUGCCCUGUGAUUGAAUUUGUA